GGGACAGCAAAGACAUGAAAGUGACGACCGGACAUCAGGAGCUUUUCGGAUCGCUGUGGCGUUUUCCCAAGCGCGACGUCUUCGAUUGUGUACCGCUGCAUUACCUCAUACUCAAGAUGAGCGGCAUGGGAUGCAUAACGCCGCGGGCCGGUAUUCGUAACGGGUCCACCAUGACGACGGUACUGGAUGUUGGGCUGUUUGUGUGUAACCUUCUGGUGGCCGUGAGCAUGAUGGUUUAUGGGACGUUCAUGGCGCAGCGACACUUACAGUCACCCAUCAUGUUCAUCGGAUUGAAGCUGGUCAAUUUCACCUGUUACGCGUCAACCAUCUACGGUUUGAUCAGCUGCUUUAUUAAUCGGCACGAGAUCUGGAAAUUCUACAACGAAGCAUACGCCGUGGACGGAAUGCUGGAGACACUUGGGGAACGUACCAACUUUAGCCGCAGCUUCGUAGUGUUCCUCAUCUACUAUGGAGCGGCCAUGGGCACUUGCAUGCUGGUGAUCGGCUUUAUGUACCGCGCAAACCUGCCCUUCAUGUUGCUGCUGAAUCUGGGCUAUUCGUACUUUAGUCUCACAACUUUCCACAUCGUCAGUCUAACGUGUGUGGACGUGGUUUGGGCACGGAACGCCCGUUUAAACAAGGCAUUUGGGAAACAGUUUUCGCUGGAGGGUAGCAUUGCCGAUGGACCAACGUUGACAGUGUAUGGGCCGAAGCAGAUGGUGGUGCUGCGCCAAAUAAUGCAAACAUUUGAUAGUAUUAGUGAUCUGGCUGAUAAGGGUAGCUUUUACUAUGGCAUCCAGGUAUGCAGCCAAUGGUCGUGUUUAAGAUGGCGCAACCUAACGCCAUAUUGUGGUGUCUUUCGUUUCAGAUUAUGGUUAAUGUUGCGGGUUCGUUCGUGUAUUUACUGUUCUACACAUUUGCCUUCACGUUGGUCAUCCGGUCCGUGCUGCCGUUCGAGAGUGUGUUCGAUGCUGGGCCAAUAAUUUCAUAUCUAAUGUUUGCCUACAAUGUAUUUAUUGUGGCUUGUUUCGGUAAUGCGUUGAAGCAGCAGGUAACGUCGAUUUGAUCAAUUCAUACUUCAGCUGUUAAAAAAGUUUCUUUACUCCACUCUCUCUCUCUUUCUCUCGGUGCAUUCUUAUCAAUUACUUUACAGGGUAAAAUUACAUCACAACUGAUCGACAAAGCUAUCAAUUCGACGAAUAAUGCAGAAAUAAUUGAGAUGGUAUUGUGACGUGUCGUUGUCG